AUGGCCCGUGAGCCCCUCGGCGCCCCAGAAAUGAGAGAAGCCGAGGCUCGAGGAAAGGUGUACGCUCUCUUCUUUGCCUCGCGAGGUGCCAGCGUCGUCGUCAACGAUCUCGGCGGCUCCUUCAAGGGCGAGGGUAACUCGAACAAGACUAACACCGUCACCGUCGACAAACAGGCCGCCGAUGUCGUCGUCGAAGAGAUCAAAAAGGCCGGUGGCAAGGCCGUGGCCAACUACGACAGCGUCGAGAACGGCGAACGCAUCAUCGACACGGCCAUCCAGGCCUUCGGUCGCGUCGACGUCCUCCUCAACAACGCCGGUAUCUUGCGUGACGUCAGCUUUAAGAACAUGAAGGACCAGGAUUGGGACCUCAUCAGCAAGGUGCACAUCAAGGGAGCCUACAAGUGCGCCCGCGCCGCCUGGCCUCACUUCCGCAAGCAAAAGUACGGCCGCGUCAUCAAUACCGCCUCGGCCGCCGGUCUCUUUGGCAACUUUGGCCAGACGAACUACUCGGCUGCCAAGCUGGCCAUGGUCGGCUUCACGGAGACCCUCGCCAAGGAGGGAAUCAAGUACAACAUCCUCUGCAACGUCAUUGCUCCGAUCGACGUUCCCCCUUCCCUCUCUGCAGCCGCUAGCCGCAUGACCGAGACCGUCAUGCCCCCCGACGUGCUCGAGAACCUCAGGCCUGACUGGGUCGUCCCCCUGGUCGCCACGCUCGUCCACAGGAGCAACGACUCCGAGACGGGCGGCAUCUUCGAGGUCGGCGCCGGCGCCAUGGCCAAGCUCCGCUGGGAGCGCUCCUCCGGCCUUCUCCUCAAGGCCGACGACAGCUACACGCCCGGAGCCGUCCUGAAGAAGUGGGACAGGGUCGUCGACUUCUCCAAGCCCCAGUACCCCACCGGUCCCAACGACUUCAUGACCCUCCUCGAGGAGUCGAUGAAGAUGGGCCCCAACGAGCAGGGCGAGACGCUCGACUUCUCGGGCCGCGUCGCCCUCAUCACCGGCGGAGGUGCCGGCAUCGGACGCGCCUAUGCCCUUGCCUUUGCCAAGUACGGUGCCUCGGUCGUCGUCAACGACCUCGUCAACCCCGACACCGUGGUCGACGAGAUCAAGGCAAUGGGCGGCAAGGCCGCGGGCGUCAAGGCUUCGGCCGAGGACGGCGACGACGUCAUCAAGGGCGCCAUCGACGCCUUUGGCCGCAUCGAUAUCCUCGUCAACAAUGCCGGUAUUCUGCGCGACAAGGCUUUCAACAACAUGGACGACGAGCUCUGGGACCCCGUCGUCAACGUCCACCUCCGCGGCACCUACAAGACCACCAAGGCUGCCUGGCCCUACUUCCUCAAGCAGAGGUACGGCCGUGUUCUCAACACGACGUCGACCAGUGGCAUCUACGGAAACUUUGGCCAGGCCAACUAUUCUGCCGCGAAAUGCGGCAUCCUCGGCUUCUCCCGUGCCCUUGCCGCCGAGGGGGCCAAAUACAACAUCUACGUCAACACCAUUGCUCCCAACGCCGGUACGGCCAUGACGGCCACCAUCAUGCCUGAGGAGAUGGUCCAGGCCUUCAAGCCCGACUACAUUGCGCCCCUGGUCCUGGCCCUGUGCAGCGACAAGUGCCCUGACCCUACCGGUGGUCUGUAUGAGGUGGGCAGCGGAUGGUGCGGCCGCACACGCUGGCAGAGGGCCGGCGGCCACGGCUUCCCUGUCGACGUCCCCCUGGUUCCUGAGGAGGUUGUCAAGCACUGGGGCGAUAUUGUCAACUUUGACAGCCCCGACGCCGACCACCCGGAGAAGAUGCAGGAUUCGCUCAAGAAGGUCAUGGCCAACAUUGAUAACCGAGCUGGCAAGGCCAGCAUAAAUGAGCACCUCUCGGCCAUUAGUUCUGCCCUGACCAGGGAGGGCAAGCCGACGGAGUACAGCUACGAGGAACGCGACGCGAUCCUGUACAACCUGGGCGUGGGCGCCAAGCGCACGGAGCUCAAGUACGUCUUCGAGGGUGCCGACGACUUCCAGGUGCUCCCGACGUUUGGCGUCAUCCCGCCCUUCAACGCCGAGAUGCCGUUCGACUACGACGCCAUCGUGCCCAACUUCAACCCCAUGACGCUCCUCCACGGCGAGCAGUACCUCGAGGUGCGCCGCUGGCCCCUCCCCACGAGCGCCCGCCUCGUCUCCACCGCCCGCCUGCUCGAGGUGGUCGACAAGGACAGCGCCGCCAUCGUCAAGACCGGAGUCACCACCCGUCUGGCCGACACGGGCGACGACGUCUUCUACAACGAGAUGACCAUCUUCCUCCGCGGUUCGGGAGGCUUCGACGGCCCCAGGCGCGGAAAGGUCCGCGGCGCCGCCACCGCCGCCAACAACCCGCCCAAGAGGAAGCCCGACGUCGUCGUUCAGGCUGCCACCACCGAUGAUCAGGCUGCCAUUUACCGUCUCAGCGGUGACUAUAACCCCCUGCACAUAGAUCCCUCUUUCGCCAAGAUGGGUGGCUUCAAGGCUCCCAUCCUUCACGGCCUCUGCUCCUUUGGAUUUGCCGGCAAGGCCGUCUACGACACAUUCGGCCCGUUCAAGAAUAUCAAGGUCCGAUUCGCCGGUCCCGUCAUCCCAGGUCAGUCCCUCGUGACGGAGAUGUGGCGAGAGAGAAACAAGGUCAUCUUCACCACAAAGAUCAAGGAGACGGGCAAGACGGUCAUUGCCGGCGCAGCAGCCGAGCUGAUGUAA